UUACAGUGUCAUGACAGUGUCAUUACAGUCUCAUGACAAUUUCAUUACAGUUUCAUUACACUGUCAUAACCGUGUCAUUACAGUCUCAUUGCAGUACAUUUUACUGGCUUUGUUCACAGCUCUGAGAAGCUGUACUUAGCCACAGUGGUACUUUAGCAUGCUAAAACGUGAACACAAUAACAAUGUUAACAUGUUGAUGUAAAGCAAGUGUAACGUUUACCACAUUCAUCAGAGUAAAGUGUAUUAGCAUGCUAAGAUUUGCUAAUUAAAAACAAGCUGCAGCUGAGACUACUGGGAAUGUAAUUAGUUCUGCUUGCUUAGUGUAAAUGAAAAAAUAAAAUUUUGACCUGAUGAUGGCACUAAGGAUCACAAAGGUUAUGACAGGUCAUCUGGAUGGGAACAUGACUGUCUUGACCAAAUUUUCAAUCCAUCCAACAGUUAUUGAGAUAUGUCACCGAGUCACAAAUGUCAACCUCAUGGUGGCAGGUGAAAGGUCAGGGCUAACACAAGUCAGGAGGUUUCAUCCUCUGGGAACCUUGAAUAUCUGCACAAAACAACAUUCCUUCCUAAAACAGUGUAGACAGAGGCAAAUAUUGGAAACACAGCCAAGUAAUCAGUUGCAUCUGCAAAUCCAUGUGGCCAUUUGUCUGCGUACCGCAGUAGAACUAAAGUUACAGAUACAAACAUAAAUAUACAACGUUAAUACACUGUUGCUCAUAAAGUUGGAAUAAAAUAUUUUUGACCUCUUUCCAUGAAAUGAUUGUGACAAUGUGAUUUAUUUCAUUUCACCUGGGUAAUUGGGACACAUAAUGUAAUCAUUGCACCUGGUAAAAAGUGAUUACUGGUGCAUUUAAAUGGGAAUAAACAGAGGAUUGUGUCUGAAAACAAAAUUAUUCCAACUUUAUGGGCGACAGUAUAUAUUACCUUAAUAUCAACAUAAAUAUACACCUUUUAAUAUUCCAUACUGUAAAUUCACUUCUCUGCGGACGAGGAUUAGAGCCACAGGAGAAUGUUUUUAAUUUUCUUUUAUUUCGGAAUUCUGGGAUUAAAGUCAUAAUUCUAAAACAAGUAAAAAAAUGUGGCCCUAAUCCUCUUCCGUACUUCUCCAUGGUCAAACUGACAGUACAUUAAUUGGAAGAUUAACAAAAGUCACAUAUAAAAAGGAGCCAACCUUAGUUUUAACUGGUGACUUGAGCAAAAUAUUUUUCAUUCAUUAACAUUAUCUCAUUCAUUUUCUACAUAUUUACAGAUUUGAUAACAUCCACAGAUUCUGAAUACUCAUUUGCAGAUUCCUGUACACAUUAACAUAUCUCAGUGUGCAUUUAGAGAUUUUUCUCAUUUACAGAUUCAGAUACAGUUACACAACUUUCUGCUCACAUUUGUUUUUAGGUUUGCUAUAAUAACCCAUGUCCCCAUUAUUUCACUCCACACACCUGUCUGAGUGGAGACAGCUGCCUAGCCAGCAUCUACUGUCUAAAUGUGAGGAGUUUAUGGAAGCUCAGUAAAUUGCAGCAUCUACCAAUCUGUAAAUUGCAGCUGCAGAAAAUAACCUAGGUUACAUUAUCCCGUCUAAACUGCAUGUUCAUCGGCCACACCUACCACUCUCAUUCUCAGCCCUUGAUGUUGCAUAUUAACAUGUUGUUCUCAUCUGCUGUUUGCGCGCGUGUGUGUGUGUGUGUGUGUGUGUGUGUGAUUGUGUGCAUGGUGUUUUUGUUUUUUUUAAUAAAUCCUAAUCAUGUUUGGGGGCAGGGAGGGCAGGAGAGGCUGUCUGUAUAUGUCUAUAUAUAUAUAGUUAUAUUAUAAAUGAUGAAGUUAUGUAUCAUAUCAUAUUGACAAAAAUAUGACAUAAUAUUCAAAUACAUAGGCUACUAAUAAAAUAAGUCUAGACUUCAUUAUACAGACUGGUUUAUUAAAUUUAAUUUGAUGAUACCUGCACGAACCCUGGUUUAUGGUGGGGAUAGGGGGAAGGUUCUGCCCACACCCCCCACAGAGCUUCGGACCGGCCCUGUCUAUGGGACAUUCAGACGGGAUUAAAUCAGUGUUGCCUACCAGCAGGAGUUGCCUGCUCCAACCACUGGAUGCUGCGCUUAUUCGCGCCCAGCAGCCUGUCUCCUCCAGACACAGCCGCGCUUCCACCUGCCAGCCACAGCGUCGCAUUCAGGCUGUUUCCCCACCAGAUUUCGCCCCGUGUACCGGCCUGUCGGUGAGACGCUGGGCCGCUGACGGGCUGCGGGAUAGAAUGGGGAUCGACAGCCUGCCUGCCCGGGCUUCUCUAGCCUCAGUGCGGUAGCUAGCGAACAGACUUGUGUCUGACCAGGGCCCUCGAGUUACUUAGACAUGCUGAAGGAUUUCACCAACAACAAACGUGGGCUCUCCCUCGUCUUGACCGGGACAAUGCGAAAGGAAGACUAUGAGCAGGAGCAGUUUCACAGGGCGUCUGCUGGUAGUUCACUGAUGCUGCUACAGGACGGAGCCGCCUGCGGUCUGUGAGCCGGACUGGACUCAGUGAGCCUGAGAGGACAGGGAUGAAUCCAUAUUCUGUGCUGUCUCUGGGGCUGGGGAUCUACUGGCACGAGCUUGUGUGGAAAACACGGAGACAUGACAUGCACAAGAAAAAAGAGGAAACGCAGCUGAGCUUUUAUUAAAGCCUUUGUCUUUUGAAGGAGUCCGCAACAAGCUUCCCUCCCCCGUCCACAGAGACCUGGACCUGGACACAGUCGGAUGCUGCUCUCCCUGAUUCACCACUUGUUUCCGGUUAUUCAUUUUUCUGUGGAACAGAGACUGCAACGGCCGGCCUGCCCGCCUCAGCCCGGAGGACAAGCAGCCCACCGCAGUUUCAGGCUCCUGGAGAGGAUCAGGAGGUGAGGCCACUAAUACACCAAUAAAGGGACCCUGCUCGACAUGGGGCAAUGUGGAUUAAGGUGUUCCUAUUCCUUGUGAACUGCAAAAGAGGAAGCAACCACGAGGACGAAGGAACAACCAGCAGACGGAGGAGGUGGUGGGGGAGUGGUGGCUUUGGUGCUUGAAGAAACGGUGGUAUGGGUGGGGGGGCAUUCAGGAUGGGAAAUGGAAACGAGAGCAGCGAAGGGCCUGCUGGGCCAAUGGCAGCAGUGGCAGCUACAGCAGGAGACAUGGUAGCAGAGAGUCCGUCCUCAGCUGUCUCUACCUACAUCAAACUGGUACUGCUGGGGCUGAUCAUCUGCAUCAGCCUCGUGGGUAACCUGGUGGUGUCUCUGCUCGUACUGCGAGAUCGCGCCCUGCACAAGGCACCUUAUUACUUCCUGCUGGACUUGUGCCUGGCAGACACCAUCCGUUCAGCCAUCUGCUUCCCCUUUGUGCUGGUUUCUAUAAAGAACGGUUCAGCCUGGACCUACAGUGUGCUGAGCUGCAAGGUGGUGGCCUUCAUGGCAGUGCUCUUCUGCUUCCAUGCCGCCUUCAUGCUGUUCUGCAUCAGCGUGACACGCUACAUGGCCAUUGCGCACCACCGCUUUUACUCAAAGCGCAUGACAUUCUGGACAUGUGUGGCAGUGGUGUGCAUGGUGUGGACGCUGUCUGUGGCCAUGGCUUUCCCACCUGUUUUUGAUGUGGGCACCUACAAGUUCAUUCGUGAAGAGGACCAGUGCAUCUUUGAGCAUCGCUACUUCAAGGCCAAUGACACGCUGGGCUUUAUGUUAAUGCUUGCUGUGCUCAUUUUAGCCACACACGUGGUCUACAUGAAGUUACUCCUCUUUGAAUACAAGCACCGCAAAAUGAAGCCGGUCCAGAUGGUGCCGGCCAUCAGUCAGAACUGGACCUUCCACGGGCCAGGGGCCACUGGUCAAGCGGCAGCCAACUGGAUUGCAGGCUUUGGCAGGGGCCCGAUGCCCCCCACAUUGCUGGGAAUCCGGCAGAACUUGCACAACCAGAACCGGCGCCUGUUAGGCAUGGAGGAGUUCAAGGCAGAGAAGCAGCUCGGCAGGAUGUUCUAUGUGAUCACUCUGCUGUUCCUGGUGCUCUGGUCUCCCUACAUAGUGGCUUGCUAUUGGAGGGUGUUUGUCAAGGCUUGCACAAUACCACACCGGUACCUCUCCACCACCGUGUGGAUGAGUUUCGCUCAAGCCGGGGUCAACCCCAUUGUCUGUUUCUUCCUUAACAAAGACUUGAAGAAAGGGCUCCUUUCCAAUCUACCAGCCUGCUGCAGGACUAAACCUCAUCUGCCACGAGAGCCUUACUGCGUCAUGUAAGCAGAGAAGAUGAUGUAAACCAAGGGCCAAUCAACUGAUGUGUUGUGGGAGUGUUUUCUUAAGUUAUUGUGGUAUUUGAUUCUACACAAGCUACUUUCAAGCAAUGGGUGUAAACUAGUGAGUGUCAUGGUAAAAACACUGGAGUGGUAAGCAUGUAUCUCCAUCUACCAACCCAUUUUCACUCAGAACUACAGAAUAUGUGGAAUCAGACUUUUGAUAACCAGAAUACUAUAUUAGCAGAACAUGCAAAUAAUAACGCUCAUUGUGGAAACCAAGCCAGACAAACAACCACCAACAAAUUACAUAAGCUGCUUCAUAAAGAAUGUCAAAGUGGAUUGAUAAGGAUGUCGUCAUGGUGAUGUGGAGAAUCUUUAAGAGGCUGGAUUAGUUAGAUAAUGUUGUUUGUAUGGCGACAGAGGAGAGACGAGGAAAGGAGGUAGAGAAAUGCAACAAAGAUUCCCAGAGUUGAACUUGAGACACUGCCGUUCAUGGUGCCCUCACAAACCUGUUUUAUUGGUCCUUAAUUUUUCAGCUCUAGACACCAUCAUUUGAUUCCAGGGAUCCGUGACCUUAACUUUUUAACAUUGAAUCCAUAGACACUCUCUUUUUGUUCAAUUAUUCACCCACAUAGACACAAAGAAUCAAGUUUUUACUAUCAGUUCUCUUAACAAUUUUACAGUCAGUAGUCAGGUGAAAUUACAAAAGACAUUAUGUCAUAUGAGGCUUUAAAAUCAAAUCAUAGAAGCUGGGAGAAGUCAGGUUUGUGAGAACCAUGCUGGGGUCCUUCUACUCAUGGACCAGGGAGAUGGUUUAACCUGAUCCAACAUGAUGUGACUGUUUGUUUUGUUUGAAGUGAACACAUCAGUGACAGGAAAAUUUUCAUGUGUGUGAUGUAUUUUCUUUGUUGACCAGUUAUCCAUGUCUACUGUCUCAGACUGCGUCCACACUGCUAUGUUUUCAUUUUAAAACUUCCUACGUUUUCUCCUCCGUCCACACAACUCCAGAGUUUUCAAGCACUGAAAACGAAGACAUUUGGAAACACUGACGUUUUAUUUUGAAAACUCUAGGGUUGUGUUAGAAAACUGAUCUUUGGAAACGAUGGCGCCUCCUGAUUGGCUCUCAUCAGCCUCAACUACCAGUGGUGAACACAACAUGAUAAUGAAUUACAGUGUUACUGACCUUGUUGUCUUUCCUAGCAGCUGUUGUUCACUUACAUUCUCUAUUUUAAUGCUACAGCUGUCUUCGCUGUUCCUCCUUCAGAGGAUUCACCGUAACUAACCAAGUGCAAAAUAGUCAAUGUACUUCCUGUUUACACCGGCUCGCACAUGCUCAUUGUAGGUGAAUGGUCAUGAUAUGGAGCUAAAAUGGUCAAUUUGGUCUUAAAACUGCUUUUUCAAAUGAUAGUGUCAUGGUGUGGACGCAGCGUCAGUCUGUCACUCAUUGAUGCUUCAGCUGACAGCAGAAAUACUGUAACUGUGUGAGACCUGAUCAGCUCAGUUCAUAGUGAGCAGCAGCUUGUUACAGUGACAGUGUGAGUCUGAACACAGGUGCAUGAGAUGUUUAAUUUUCCUCACCUGCCUGUUGGAGCUGCGGCAGCUGCAGAAAGUCACAGAUGGAGGAUGUUGGAAAUCACUUCUCAUUGGCUGCUGAGUGAACUUUAUUUACUUUAUGCUGUUUUUAAUGUCCAAAUGCAUUGAGUAUCAUGUAAUUCCCUCAAACUGAUGAUCCCAGAGCAGAGAUUUGUUAAAUAUCCAGUAAGUCAGUACCCUGAAUGUCCAGCAGAGGCAGCAUUUGCUGGACAAUUUACUAGUAAAUGUCCAAAAGACCUUUAGAGCCCACUGUGAGAACAGGAGAAAGACUGUUGAUACUCACUGUUCAGCAGGCUGCACCCAGGUAUCAAUGCCACGAACAUAUAGCUGCAGUGUGUCUGUUACCACACUGAUCAUAUGUUCAUAUUCCUGUAAUUAACACAAACAUUGGCAAAGCAGUUCAGCAGGAGGGUCACAGUGACUGAGCCUCAUUGUUCCUUCAGAGAUCAUCAACAGUUUUGUACUUCACACGUCAGACAGUCUGAAACACUUUAUAACACAUUAUAACCUGCACUGGAAAACAUGGUGUUAACAGC